AUAAUCAAAUCUACAUAGGUACUAAAAUCUAAACAAAAUAGUUAUCGUACAUAUACAGUGAACAUGGAGCAACUUCCCAGUAAUAUUCGUAAGGAUCUUCUGAAGUUGAUCCCGGUUUAUGUUUACAAUGAAACCAAGUGUUUUGAUUUGUACGAUAAACAUCCUAGCGAUAAUAAAUUAAUAGAAGUAAUUGUAUACACACAAAGAGGAGAAAUAAUCGAGUUUUAUAAACGAGAAGUAGUACAAAGUUACGCCCUACAGAAAGCUGAAAUAAUGGACAUCAAAGUUUUGAGGAAUAAAAACUGUGAUUUAUUUUAUUUAGUGCGAGCAGAUGAUAAGAUUUUUUUGCUGUCGCGGAAAGAAAGAAUUGUGGUACGACACGAGAUUGACAAUGUUAGUAGCUUCUCUCUUGAUGACAAAGAUGGUAAGGGCCGACCAUGUCUCAAAAUAAUAAAAAGUGAUGACGGAGUGCCUCUGGUUUUUGACAAUAAUUUCGAGAAUUUAGAGGAGCAACUGUUAAUAUCCGAAAGUCAAUCACAUUCGCAAGAUACCCUCCCUCUACUAGUACAAUUGAGAAGAAAAUUGUCAGAAGCUCAGUACUGUGUUAAAUUUAACGAGGACAAGCACAAACAAUUAAUAAAUUUAAGGCAGCAGGCAAUAUUCCACAUGUAUGAUACAAUCGCAAAAGAUUUACACACUUCCCUAAAAGUUAAGGAUGUAGCCAAUUUAUUACAAAUUGACGCCCAGCAUCCAGAAGUAAAAUUAUGUAAUAAAAAGAUUAUAAUUAUGAUUAACAUUCUCAAUAAAAAUUCUGUACCAUUAGAAGAUGUAAGUAUAAUUCUACACAACACAUCGAAGAAGACAAUAAAAUACAAAACAAAACUUUUCGAAGAAAUUCAUAAGCCACCCUAUUGGAAAGAAAUGACAGAAAGAACUGUGAAACCAAAUAACUCAGCAUGCGUGGUAGCUGUAAUAGAUUUAGAGGAGUUACAAAAUUGUGCAAAUUCAAAAGUCAACUUUGAGAUUGUAAUAUCAUACUCUAAAAGCGGAAAAUGCUUCUUAUUGCCAUUUGAUAAAGUUCAUAUCUCUGCAACAGACAUUUUGGGAGAGAAUUUUGAUAUUUUGGCGAGGAAUAAUGAUGACCGAAUAACUCUUCUAUGUGUGUUAUCAUCAAGCGAAAAAAAUAAUUUAAAUCUUCUUAAUCUACCCGGUAAUUCCGAAGACCUGGUAACACUGCACAAAAUAUUUUGUACUCAUUUGAAAAUGGAAGAACUUUUUGAGAAUGUUGCCAUACACAAACUGUCACCCUUUCACCCUCUACAUGGAGUAAUGAUUCACUUAAAAAAAUGUCAUCAUAAUAGUUUUGAUAUUGAUGUCUACACAAGAUCACCAUCUCAAAUAUUAGCUCUCGUACACUACAUCUAUGACGCUGUUCCACACAGAAUAAUCGUUUUAACGAAAGACAUUAAGAUGUCACCACUUGAAGAUGAUCCCGCAGAAAUAGCAGAUAAUUUAGAGGAUAUAAACACAGAAGAACUCUCAAAAUCCAUUAUAAAUCAAACAGAAAUAAUGAAAGAAUAUUUCGAUGAGUGCCUAGUCAAAAUGAAUGAAAAUAAGAACCCUCUAGUUCAAGCAAGAGUCGGAAGAGAAAUAGAUAUUGUCGCUCUAGGCAAAGAAAAGUUUUUGGAAUUCAGAAGAAAGAUAUUAGAAAGCACUGAAAAAGGUAUUGAUGGACUUAAUAAAAUUAAAAACGAUAAUGAAUGUGAAGAUAUGGAAUUGUAAUAACAAAAGCAGUUUUUUGAGCUUGAAUUGUAACUCAUUAUUCGCUACGAUCUACCAGUUGUAAAUAUCAUCUCAAUAUUAUAUUUUAUAUUGUGGGAAUAUUCGCUGAGGCCGCAAAGGAAGAUUAUCCGACCAAACGAGGUGGUAUGCUUGGUCAGGGAAGCCCACUAGAAAGAUUUUAGCUGUCGAAUCUGCUUACGAAGUUGUUAUAGCGCGAUGCAGAAUCCGUCACAAUCUCAGAACACGAGGCAAUUGCCUUUUCAGCAAUAAUAUAAAAAUCUUUUAUAUUACAAGCACUUUUGUGUCGAUCAAGAUAAUAUAUUAUUUAAAGGUUCUUUUGUCUUAAAAUAAUUUUGAAUUACUCAUAACAUAUUGACUCUUCCGACUGAGAAAAUUGCAUAU